AUGACUUCGGAAACGCUUGAGGCAACGAGAUUGUUUCAACACUUCGCGAAAAUCGAGAUGAGCGAAGAGAUCGAGAAAUUGAAAGAAGAGAUCAAAUUGAUGAAUGAAGAUCGGAUGAAUUUGGAAACUCUGCUAGAAGAUGAGCUGCCCGAUUACAGUGAAAAGAACGAACUCCACGUGAAGAAAGACAUCUUCAAACUUGAGCAUAAAUUGCGAAAGUUGCGGAAAAAGUACCCGAGAAUGUUCGUCGGUGAAAACAUGAUCGAUGCAGAAGAAGAAGAAGAAGAAGAAGAAGAAGAAGAAGAGAAAGGGUGCUGUUCAUCAUCGGAUAAUGUACCCUGUGAAUGGCAAUGUGUUCGGGUAACAUGUCAAACAUUGAAUGCAUCUGGAGAGAUGAGG